AUGUAUUCUGUCAAAGUGGAUAUCUUUUAUAAGGAUACCAUUAAAAGUUUAUUCAAAUUAAAUAUCCACAAGAGAACGAGGAUAUUGUAUCUUUUAGAAUAUUUAUAUUUUAAAUUACAAUCAGAUGAUAGAUUUGAAAUAACAAAGGAUAUCAAUCAUUUUGAAUUGAUUGAUAUGAAUACGGAUCAAGUAUUGGAUAAUCGAAAGAAGAUUAAUGAUUAUUUAAUUGCGAAAAGUGGUUCAAGGGAGGGUACGAGGGAAGGUACGCCAGAGGAUGACAAAUUCUUGUACAUGUGUAUUGGAAUCCGGUAUAAAGAGACAACGAUUGACCUCCCCACAAGAAAGCUAGAUGAGAGUAAUUUUGCUAAUAUUAAUGUUAUAAUUGAAACGAACAAUAAUCUAAAUUAUGGGGAUUAUGAAAGGAAAAUUUUGAGAAGAAGAUUUAAUGAUUUGAAAAUGAAUGAAACGACGAUUGUCCAAUUGCGUAAGGAAUUGGAAUUGAUGAUUCAAGAGAUGUAUGCAAGACAAGAUAAAAAGUAUUGUACGGGUGAAUAUACAGUGGGAGAGUUUAUGAUUAAGGGUGUGGAUCAAGUUUUCCCAGUGGAGGGGCAGGGGCAGGGGCAGGGGCAGGGGCAGGGGGACUCAAUGAGAGACUCAAUGAGUCUUGGUCAAUUGAUUCAAUUGGAUAUCCCCAAGAGAGAAAGACAAACGUUUAAAAUAUUUUUCAAAACCAAGCAUCAAAUGAAGCUCAACGGUGAAAAUGAUUGUAUCCAAUUCAUGCCGCAUAUGGAUAUGAUCGAAGAUAGUUUGAACGUGGAUCGUGACGAGAUUCUUAGAGUGGAGGAAUUGAUUGGGUUUGUUUAUAAUAAUAUCAUCAACAUCAAGAAUUUGGAGAUGGACGAUAUUAAAUUGAUCUACCAGGGGAAAUUGAUUAGUGAUGAAUGUUUUUUGAAAGAGGAUGUGAUGGAUUUGAUUGAUACCAAGAAGCCUUAUAAGAUAUAUGUGUGUUUGAAGAAGGCAGAGGAUUCGAUUGAGUAUGGAUAUUGGAGGAAAUUGUUUGAAAAAAACGAGCAUCACGACCAUGAGCAAUGCGAGGGGACACUUGCCGGGACUGAAGCAAAGACUGAAGCAAAGACUGAAGCAAAGACUGAAGCAAAUACUGAAGCAAAGGCUGAUAUAGUGAGAACAGGAGAAAUGUAUGAAAAAUGUUUAAUCGAUGGACAAGAAGUGUUUUUGAGAGUAAACUCGAUAGAGAAGAAAAAGGCAAGGGGCAAAGAUAGUGCCAGUACAAUAGCAAGCAGUGAUGAUGAUGAAAACGUCUAUUUAUCCAUUGAAGGGCAUGAGAUUGCUAUUGGGCCUCAAGAUUGCCAAGUGGAUAUUCCUAACAAACAGAUCAAGUUGACACCCAGGAUUCUUGCCAAGAUCGAGGGCCAAUUGGACAUGAAGAUAUCAAGAGAAGCAGUCAAGACAAGCUCGCCUGUGCCUGCGCAAGCGCAGGCACAGGCACCCACGCCUACACAUGCGCAUGCACCCACGCCCACACCAACACCACCACCACCACCCACACCCACACCCACACCCACACCCCAUCCCAAUGGCCUCUACACAUGGAUCAUGAACGGAUUGAUCGCACUGGUGUACGAGAUCAUCCCGGUGUUUUGCCGCAGCAUGUAUCUGAUCAUAUUAAACACGUUUGGCCUAAUGUUUCUAAUCUUGGAAUUCAGCUCAUUCUUACCGCUAUGGCUGACCAUAGCGAUUAGUAUGUGUGUCAUCGCACGCACCAUCUCGAAUAACCCAGAGAUCAUUGAGAUGUGGAAACCAAUCAUAAGACGGAUCCCGGCAUUGACACCUGAAGAGACAAGAAGAGGCAAAGAAUACUUGUUUUCCAGUCGAAUGGUGGAACGGAUGGAGAAUGGCCUACAGAACAGCAUCUGCCAAGAUCCAGCCAUUAUCGAGUUCCUGAGUGCACCUGGAUUACAAACACAACGCACCCGGUUCAUCUACAAUCUGUUGAGCAACGAAGAGUUGGAAGCCAGCAGUAAUGACAUGAGAGAUCAGGCACGCCUACCCAAGGCUUUGAACAGCACAAAUGUUUCCACGAAUAAUAAGAUACAAUACAUUCGUAUUUGUGUCACUGAAUGGGAAAAUGCCACCCACAUUCGGACUUUGGACGCCCGGUCACGCCGGUCACGUGCGCGCGGCCACGCAGCCCUGCUGCGGCUGCUGGCGAGCCCUGGCACCGGGGCGAACCCUGGCCCCGCCCCAGCACAACCCCGCCAGCCCUGGCACGCACGUGCCAGGGCUUUCUGGGCACGUGCCACCCACCUGGUCCGCGGCGCCGACGCCCUGCAGCGAUUGGCGCUCCACGUGACGCCAGACCCGCACGCCGACGGGAUAGCCGUGCAGCUGGCCAAGCACGUGAUCCUCCUGGCCCUGCUCCUAUUUUUGCCACUGCAGCAGCACGUGCACGGGGCCGUCGCAGCACGUGCCACUCCAUCCAACGACAAUGCUGACAACCCUGCAGAUCGGGCUGGCCACGGCGAUGCUCGCGCCGUGCAUGCCGAGUGA